CAGCAGCCUGAGCUGGGAGUGUGAGUGACUCUCUAGAGACAUGUUGAGGUGCUCUCUUCCUUCCUCGUUUCAAACAGGCGAGGCGUCUCUUUAGAAAAUGCAAAAAGGUAACAUUUCUGACAUUAUCUUCUGUUCAGAUAUGGAUUUGUUUCUGCUAAAUGUCUCGAUCUGUCUUAAUAUGAGCAAUGCUAUCCUCUGUGCUUGUCACUCUUCGUCCAUUUAAACCAGGAACUCUAAGGUAAAUGUUACAGAUUGACCCACAAUUGCCAAACUGAGUCAUUCUCCUGCCUUGUCCUAAAAAACAGCUUUUUCUCUGUAAUUGAACAAAUCCUGGUUUAGUUAAUUGUUAAACUGUGAAUUAGGGGAAUUAGUGAGUUAGUGAGUGUAAACUCAAUCUAAGCUUGUAUCACAUUGAAUUGUCCAGCUGAUUGUCAGACGUUUGAUUUGAAAAGAACAAAUAGCUUGUGGCAAAUUUUCUCAAACUUGGACAACUGACCCUUCAGGUGCUGCAGAAGACUUUGCUUCUAGAAUUCUGUACUUUUUCACAAACUGUAUUUAAACACUUGAGAUUGACAAUUUCUAAUUCAAUCACUCCAGCAUUGAAAUGGCUACUGUUUGACAUGCUUUGGCCAUCUGUUAAAAAUGUGAGAGUGCUUGCAGGCACAUUGUCGGCAUAGCAUUAAGUGUACUCACAUGGUAUACUCUUCUCCAGUUGAAACAGCCAGGUAUGGACGAACUAUGAAGUUAUUUAUAAAAGAAAAUCUUUUAUUUCUUGUCCCUAAAAAGGCACAAACCAUUGUGAAUUGGGUUAUGCUGAAACAUGGGACCAUAUACCUUUAAAUAUUGUUUGUGGGUUUUUAAUUUACUUAUUUUUGUAAUCACUCAAACUAUAUAGAGCCAUUGUCCUGUCUUGUAGCUGCGCAUUUAAACGUUGUUUUUGUCACAAAGUAUUAGCAUGUUUUAUUGUACAGCUCUGCGGUAUUUGUUGGCGCUUUUUUUAUAAAAAGCUCUACUAAUCGAUCACUUUUUUUAUUGGGUUGUACAGGCCACUUCCUUGCAUAACUGUUUCUUUGCUCUGUUAGAACAAAAUGUUCCGAAUAGAUUGUCUGUUGUACUAAUCAGUGGGCAGUGGCAAAAUACAGAACUAAUCAAAGCCUAGUUUAAAAAAAAAAAAAAUUGUGACGUUUAGUUGAUAAAUCGAGAUAAUCUUGUUUGAGCAAUUGUUACAAUCUAAAGAAUGUUGGUGCCCAGAUGAAGGUUAGUGGGAAAAGUGUUAUAGGAAUCCAGAAACAAGGACACAUGGGAAGGAAGGUAUUUAUUGCAAUACCUGAAUGACCUUGUAAGGCGUGGAAGUCCAAUGUUCUCGUAAUUGUCAUUUUUAUUGUGAUUUAGUAACUGUAGCCAUAUUGCUCAAAGUUCUCUCUGCAUUUUAACCUCUUAAUUGAAUUUAGUUUUUAAUUUACAUAGAAACAUAGAAUGUGACGGCAGAUAAGAACCAUUCGGCCCAUCUAGUCUGCUCAAUUUUCUAAAUACUUUCAUUAGUCCCUGGCCUUAUCUUAUAGUUAGAAUAGCCUUAUGCCUAUCCCACGCAUGCUUAAACUCCUUUACUGUGUUAACCUCUACCACUUCAGCUGGAAGGCUAUUCCAUGCAUCCACUACCCUCUCAGUAAAGUAAUACUUCCUGAUAUUAUUUUUAAACCUUUGUCCCUCUAAUUUAAGACUAUGUCCUCUUGUUGUGGUAGUUUUUCUUCUUUUAAAUAUAGUCUCCUCCUUUACUGUGUUGAUUCCCUUUAUGUAUUAAUUAAAGGACCACUAUAGUGCCAGGAAAACACUCGUUUUCCUGGUACUAUAGUGCCCUGAGGGUGCCCCCACUCUCAGGGUCCCCCUCCCGCCGCUCUGGAAGGGGAAAGGGGUUUAAACUUACCUUUUUCCAGCGCUGGGCGGAGAGCUCUCCUCCUCCUCUCCUCCUCGUUCGCCCGACGCGACGCACGCAAGAGCUGCGCGCCAGCAGUCGCAUAGGAAAGCAUUGCUUUCCUAUGGACGCUGGCGUGCUCUCACUUUUCAGUGAGAAGCACGCAAGCGCCUCUAGUGGCUGUCAAUGAGACAGCCACUAGAGGAUUUGGGGAAGGCUUAACCCAUUCAUAAUUAUAGCAGUUUCUCUGAAACUGCUAUAAUUAUGAAAAAAUGGGUUAACCCUAGAAGGACCUGGCACCCAGACCACUUCAUUAAGCUGAAGUGGUCUGGGUGCCUAGAGUGGUCCUUUAAACUAAUAGCCACACAUGGCAAUCCCAAUGAAAUUGGUGAGAUUAAUAAUUCGAGAUUUGUAAAGUUAAUAAAUAGAAAGUAUUUGCACCGUGGAGUCUGCUCAGUCACAAUUUGUUUAUGGGAUGAACUGAUAUUCUAGAGUGCAAUUUAAGAGAUUAUAAAACUUGUAAAUUCAAUAAACUAGUCAUUGGUGGGAACUGCAUAGUUUUGGCCCAAACUGCACAUCUGAAGAAUGUUUGGUCUAAAAUUUCAGUUCUUAACACCUUGUUUAUUGACUAAACAUCAUAGUUGAUGGUUUCUGAAUGGCUGCAUCCUUUCCUACAAUUCUUCUCACAGCUAGUAAACCAUGCAUAGGUAAACCUGAAACUCGACAAGUUAUUUGUUGCAUCCAUCCGAAUUGUCAAUUCUGAUACGAGCUGCUUCCAUUCCCUCUCCUAAAUGUUACUCAAUCAGUUACUCUGGUGACUAGUAAGCGUCAUGAGGUAAAUGUGGGGAAAACCCCAAAAGUCUUCUCAGCAUUGUGUCCACAGGAGCCACAUUAACGCUCUGAUCUGGUUGUAUUUGGGCAUCUGCAAAACAAUGCAAUGAGUGAUGGGCGCUUGAUACACUUCAUAUUUAAUGACUUGCUGCAUGGAAUGCCAAUAGAAAUGGUCAAUGUCUGAUAUAUACACUACAAGAAGGUAGUCUGUCUAAAUUUGCAUCUUGAGAGCACUUGGCCAUGUAUGGAUAUAUAAAACUGAGAAAGUCCAACUAUGACUGUGUAUUUUUAUAUCUGUGGAUGUUCGCAUUCUAUAUAUUUUUUUUAACUUUAAUUAAUUUUUUUUACUCUGUACAGGUCCAAGCUUGACUCAGAAGCCAUUCAAAGCCACUUAUAUCUGGACUAGUAUCAUCAAUGCCUUGCAUACCCAGGUUGAAGUAAAGAAAAGACGACACCACUUAAAGUCUCACCAUGACUGUUUUAUUGGCUCUGAAGCCGUGGACGUUGUAUUUGCUCACUUGGUUCAACAGAAGUAUUUUGGGGACGCUGAAAUCCCUCGUACCAAAGUAGUGCGUGUGUGCCAGGCUCUGAUGGACUGCAAAGUGUUUGAGUCGGUGUUAACGUCUUGUGUCUUUGGAAAAGAGAAGAAACGGCUGGUGUUUGAGGACAGCAGCUGCAGCUUGUACAGGUUUACCAACGUCUCGGGUCUCCCUAGUGGCCCAUUGGAAAAAGGAAAUGGACGAUGCAUUCCACAGAGCUAUGCCAGGUCAGUGCCUGCUGCUCCUGUUUGGCUCAAUCUGCUGCCCGAAACUUGGCCAGGUUCUGAGGGAUAGCAAAGGGCACACAAAUGUUAAAUUAAAAACCGUUCACAUUUUGUUUAACCCAAGGAAGCUAAAUUCUCCUGCGAGUUGCCUUAAUUUUCAGGGACUCCAAUAAACUGCGCUAUACAUGGCUUACAAUAAGCUUUUGCCAGUUGGUUUGUGCACAGGGGUUCCUGACUGAAAUGACGUUCUACACACAGUAACAUCUGCUUCUUGCGAGGAACUCCCUAUCACUUUUCCCGUUAAUCUUGGUUAUAGCUGCACUGUUUUUUGCUAAAUAUUGCUGCAGAGUUACUUAAAUAUGUAAAAAUUUUUUGCAUUUCAUACAAACCAAAGCAUGACUUACUGAUUUCCUUUAUGACCCCUACUAAAGAGCUGCCCCUGUCUGGUCCUCUGGCCCUUAAUGGUGGAGAUCUGUUUUGGUUUGGGGUCAGAUUAUGGAACUUUAAGCUGAAAUGUAGCUGGAUGUCAAACCAGUGGAAACACAAUGGCUGAGCAUGUCAGUUUUGUAAUUCCACUCAUGAUAGACACCAUUUAUGGCUAGGGGAACAUCACUAAAUGUUGAUUUUAUUUACCCUUCACGUUAGUAGUUUUAUUUUCUUUGUUUCUGCAACUCGUGGUUUUAUCCUUUUUUAUUUAACUUUUCUCGAUCUGUGACUCAACAUGACAGGAAAAUGCUCCCAUCAGUGUACUGAAAAUUACAGUAUUCAUAUUAUAUUGUGUGUAUUGCACUACACUGGCCCAUUUUUGCACAUCAAUAAAUGUAUCCAAAUUUAGUGAGUGGCUUGAAUAAUGUGAAUAGGGGAAUCAGUAGACAGUCUACUCCAUUCAUUUACACACUGGCAUGAGAUACUUAAUCGUCAAAGUAUCUUUUUCUACAUGACUGAAAAGCGUUCCCAUCUGCUGGGUGUGUUGUCUACAUGCUGGUUAGUAUAUUGGGUGGAAAAGUUUGACCUAGCUGUCCAUCUUCCCCAUACGGAGUAUAUUCUUAAUCCUGUUGGGAUAAAUGGUGGCGCUGUGCGCAUUAUAGAAUGUUGAAUUGGUCUGCUCUAGAACAAAGUGUGCUGUAUCCCUCCCUCUGAUCCAUUAUGGUUUCUUUCAAAAAAGAGCCAGUCAUGAGUCCAAAACUGAAUGUGUCUGCCUGAAUUUAAACGGUCACUUUGUUUUAUUUAUAAAGCGCCGACAAAUUCUGCAGCGCUGUACAAUGGGUGGGAUAACACUCCUGUUUGUAACUAGACAAGUUGGACACAGAGGUAUUGAGUGCGCUGCUCAAUUCUGUAGUGUGUAGACGUUAAAACUGCCAUGCCCCCUUCAUCAAUCAGCUCUGUAGACCUACAGAGUAAUUUUUUAAAUUUUUUUUACUAGCUUAACUGUUUAAUUUAUCAAUCUUUAUUUUUUUUUGAGCUGCACUGAAUUGGAAUACAUUUAUUAAUGUACCCUGUCAGAUAUACACAGAAUACACUUGCUGUGGGGACUGACUUUUAACCCCUUAAGGAUCAAACUUCUGGAAUAAAAGGGAAUCAUGACAUGUCAUGUGUCCUUAAGGGGUUAAACAUCUCAUGUGAUUAGAGUUUAUGGAUUUUUCCCCCUUAUAUUAAUGUUUAAUUCCCCUCCUGCCACCAUUUCCUAGCUGUGCAGGAUUGUCCAACAAUUUGGCUGCAGUUACAUGAUGUCUAUCUCAAUUUGUGUAGUAUAGAUCCAGUUUAGGCAGUUCUACUAGUCUGCCAUAAACUCAUGCAGGAAUGUGCAUCAAGAACUAGAUAAUUCUGGGCUGUUACGUGACAACCACCUGUGUUUACUAGUCAAGUUAAAUGACUUAAUUUGUAACGGUUAGAUCCAAACUAGACCUGACUUUUACAUGUUUCAUUGAGAAAUACCAGCCAAUCUAUUAAAUGACAUGCUUUAAUGUUGGCGUUCAACCAGAAAAGGUGCAUUUAGCCUGUGUCCUGGGGAUGCAGUGUUCCAUGGAUGUUCAGUUCCCAGCAGGAAAGGCUUGGUUUUCCAAGUUACCAGAAAUCUAUACCUAAAGCUAUCUCAAGGUGGAUAAUUUUAGACUCUAGCCCAAGUCUAUUCAUCUUGGAAAAGAGAAUUUUUGCAGAAAAGAUCCCAAUGAUCUGCCAUUUUGUUGAAACCUUUGCAUUAAAGACCGCUAUAGUGUUGGAAUGCAAAGUGUUCUAAUUUAGAUUAUUUGUGCCCCUUAUGUUUUAUGUACCUAGUACUCGUCGGUUAGCUGGUCUUUCUGCUGUCAUCUCUCACCUAGCUGAGAACUUUAAACUUGAUCUCUGCCAUUCCACUGCUUCACCAUAGCCAGUUUUGCACCAAUUGGAAUUUCUUCAUAGCUAUGUAUUAACUCAAUGCAUCUCUGGAGAAGAUUCAGCUUCUCGAUACAGUGCCAGGUGACUGUUUGUUUUUCCUGCAAUCUUUGCAGGACCACAUCCAGGAAGCCCCUCAGUGGCUGUCCAUGGAACUAUGUACAGAUGUGUGCACAAGUUGCUACUUUCUACAAGUUGUAUACGGUUUCCUUUACUAUGCUUUGUGUUUCAGUCUGUUGCAUCUUCUGAUAGACUUGGUUGUGGUAUCUUGGAUCUAUCCUGGUCUUGCCUGCUCAUGUCUCUCUGGUCCACCAAAACUAUUUUCUGACAUUUGGGAACCUUAUAAGCACAAUGUGGACUUGCUGCAAUUGGCUGGGGGGGGUGGAGAAGUCCAAGCAAUGUACGGAAACAUCAAUAUAAGAUUUGAGCAACUGUGAUUCAGUCAAUACAGCUGUUUGUUUAUUUUUGCAAUUAGUUCUGUGAGUGUUCUUUGAGGGUGUAUAAUUUUAUAGAAUGAGAAAAUAUACAUUUUACUGGCCGUGUUUUUUGCAUGACUGCAAACUAUAUUUUAUUUUGCUUUGCAUCUCUCCCACGGUUGCUGCUGUAAGUCACAUAACCUGUAAUGUUGUGUUUUCCAUCAGACGUGAACAGGCAGGAUUCCAGUCGUCUCCCCUCCAGUCGCAGAGUUUAGAAGAUCUUUGGGAUAACUUGAGUUUAACACCUGCAGAUCCAGCACACCUACAUCUCUCAGUCAACCUACCUCCCCAAGGUAAGAAUGUUCAUAGAACAAUGUCCAUUGUCACAAUGUCAGGUUGGUUAACUGUCAAAAUCCUGGCAUUUAAAAAAAUAAAUGUGCCUGAAGGGUGGGUCCUCUCUGUAUUCCAGUAAUGCUUUAUUGGGUCUAUAUUGGUGUUUACAUCACUACUCCUAAACUUUAAAUGUUUGCUGUUCUAAGUUUGGCAGUGAAUAUCUACCAAUGGCUGAUGACAUCUUAAAGGAACACUUCCAAAUAUUUUAAUCAAUUUAGUGGAUAAACCCCAAAACAUGCAUUUAUAUUUUUUUUUACUGCCAAAAGCUGCAGAUCUGCCAUCUGCAGCCUUUGCAAGCCCAACCCUCUGAAGGUCUAUGCCGUGGAAUACGCCAAUCACAGGCUUGUCACUGAACGAGGGAGUGGUUUCUCCCCAAUUAUAAAAAUGCUGUUUUCUACUGAAAUCGGCACUCUUUAUACAAUGGUCACAAACAUGACGCUCUAGAUCAGGGGUGCCCAAAAGUAGAUCCCUCAGAUGUUUUAAAACUGAAGCUUCCAUGAUGCUUUGCCAUUCUAAAGACAAGCAAAGUGUCAUGGGAGUUGUAGUUCUACAACUGGGGUCCUACCUUUUGGGCACCUCUGCUAUACAUAAACCACUUCAGCAAGCGUUUAAGAGUUAAGUUCUGGUGUGUUCAUGUGCAAAUAUAAUGCAGAAUUUAAAGAACCUUAAAUAUUUGCCCUGAAGGACAAUCUGUUGCCAGUUCAGGAACAAAUGGUUCUAUUGAAUGGCGCAUAUUUUACACUACUGUUCUAUUGUGAUUGUUACAUUCAUUAUAAAGUAUAAUAACAGUCUCAUAGACACCGUGAAUGGGUUUCUUGUCUUAAAGAUGGCUUCUAUUAAGAACUUUUUGGCUUCAACAUUGUAAAGGAAAUCUUAAAGGUCUCUCCAUUACAAUUCAGUGAAUUGUCUUCAAUUGGUUUAACUCUCUGCAUGCCAGCAUGGAAUGUUUCAUUAAUGAAUGCUAGUGAACUGAUGGCCUAAAUCUUGAUACAAUCUGUAUUUAAUGAUACUUCAUAGUGGCAUUGUAGGCUUGUUGUUUUUCCAUAUGUUCAAAGUGUCCCUAUUUAGGAACUACAGUCCCGAUUUUGAAUAAUCCCCUUUUCACUCUGACUGUAUAACAGAGCUCCCCAGCAAUAAUACUCUGUAAUGUCUUUAAAUUUGUUGAAACUAGAAUAAAUGUCUAAGUUAGUCUGGGGUGCAUGAUUUGUGUUUUUUUUGUGAUGUUUCCUAAAUUGUUGAAGUUUGGAAACUGCUUGUAUAGUAGGGGGUACAAACAAGAAGCAACUUCUCUUACAUGAUCCUCAACACUCCAGAAUUACUUUGUUGGCUGUAUAGGAAUCUCUGCACCUCAAGGUGAAAAUGCUUGCUGUGACUGGUUGCUGCUGGCUGUCACUGCUGAGAUAGUUGCCAAAGUAACCUUCGUGGUGGCUUAGCAAACUAAGAGUUUGCAGUGAUUCGGUUUACUAGAUAGGACAUCCUGGGCCACAGGAAAAAAGUGGCCAGGACUAGGUGAAUUCUGUAGCAAUUGCCAACCAUUCUCACUCUAGUGAAUAUCCUUGUUAAUGUUUGCAACUAUAGUCCCAACGCGUUUCACAAGUUAAACAAUUAACCUUGCUAAAAGAACAUGGUCCCAAGACACUCUCAUUACAUUGGCUUUUUAAUUGUAUUUAUUAAUCAAACUUGUGUCUGUAGCAGGUAUGUUAUGUUGCUUGGCACAAAGUCAACAAAUUGUGAGUUACAAGUCACCAUGUACCUAAUCUUUCUUGCAUUUCUCUCCUAGUACUUAGUGAAGUCUGGCAAGAACAGACCAUCCGACGGCUUCUGCAACUCGUAGACCUCCCGCUUUUGGAUGCAUUGUUGGAAAAUGUCACGGUGCCCCCCUCAGCUCCACAACCCAAAAAGGAGGAAUUUAUUAUCACAACAAAUUUCCUGGAUCGAGAAAUCCUCAAAGCUUUCAGUGACUCACAGUAUGUACCCUAAAAUGGCCAAUUCCAAGUGUCACAGGUGUAAUCUGUAGAUAAUGCUUUAAAAACAAAUCACACUAAAAGUAUAAUUUACUGGCAACUUUGGUUUUCUUUUAGUGGUUUUUGUUUUUCUCUCUAAAGGAUCAUAAUAGCCUGGCAAUUCUUCUAUUGGUAAACUGGUUCAAUGAUCCAUUCUUUGAUGAACAAAUGACCCUUAACGAAGACACUGGGAAGAAUCAGAUGAGUAAAAGGAUCUCCUCCAUUUGACUUUGUGUGUGUUUGUUUUUAGAGCUGAUGAGUGGGUGUCUGCUGCUGUGGAUUGCUUGGAGUUUUUGCCUGAUCAAAUGGUGGUGGAUGUCAGUCGGAAUCUACCAGAACAUCAGGACAAAGAUGAGAAAUGGAAGCUGCGGUUGUUUGAGACGAUCAGCCGAUACUAUCAGAUUCGAGAACCGCUGGUUACCAAUCAGUUCUUUGACAUACACGUUGGGAUCGCUGAGCUCCUGGGUAAGCAAUAUGGCAAACCAAUUCUGUGCCAUGGAUUACCAUAAUGACCGCUAGAUGGUUUGUCACAAGUGACACUUCUUAAUGCAAAGCUUGCCUGUUUUCAGUCACCUAAGGAAGGAACAGGUGUAAAACUUUAACCACCUGAGUGAAUAAUAUUAUGCAGGAUCUUCUGAAGAGCUUGCCAAGCUGGUACCAGGGGACUAAAUGUAACCCUCCCUCUGACACCAUUCAUAGCAUGGAUGUUUAGAAUGCUAAUAGUGGUGUCUUGCUGUAUUUAAAAAAACUAGGAGAGAAAAAUAAACAUUUCACUGGCCUAACACUUUUUGAAACAGAUUGAGAGUUGGGUUUAAUUUUUGUAAACUUUAUUUUUUUUUUUUUUUUAAGUGAAAUUGGUAUUUUACAAAUACAAGUGUUUUGACUGACCAGAUCUGGCUGGGAUUGCUCUAUUUGUAGAGAUAUGUAAAGGAAUCUAUUGGCAGCAUAUCGAGUGGUUCUCCAUAUCCAGUGUUUGCGAUUUUUAGAUUUUGUCAAAUAGCAAUUGACUUUGAACUUGUAUAUGCCGCUGCUGUAAUAUUGAAUGUUGCAUAUCUAUAGAACUAGACUGUAGCCAUUUAUGUGAGUUGUGUAGGGUGAAUACAAUGGCAAACUCUAGACAAACCUUGAACAUAAAGGACCUAGUAUGCAGAAAAGUCACCCUUGGCCAGAAUCUGGUUUAAAGGCAAAUUAACCUGUAUAGUGUGUUAUGGAACACUGUGGGGAAAUACCUUCCAGAUCUUGAGGCAUGAAGGGAGUGAAAAUCCUCUGUAUUCUGAACCAUUUUAUGAGCAGUUCUAGAGCAUAAUGAUUAGACCUGCUGAUGGACAAAUAGAUCGGUUUAGCUUGGUGGGUCCACCUGCCCUGAGUUAGAUUUACGAGCUUAUGGAUUUAAAACAUUUGUUUAUACCAAUGCUUUGACUCUCCCUGUGUUUUGUAAACUCCAUAAAACUCUCCAUAUAACAUCAGAAUGUAAUAGUUUGCCUUUUCAUACAGCAGGACGUCUCAUGACUGGGCAUGCUAUGAAACUUGUUUCUAAAAGCCAGAUUGCGGUAAAGAAACAAACAAAAUCUGAUUGUGCAUUCUCUUAUCAGUGAAUGGAAAGAACGAUCAGGCUCUCGAAGCGACGCAACUCUGCUUAAAACUGCUGAAUUCCCAAACUCGAGAAGAGUUCCGAUGCCUUCUCUAUUUCAUGGCCGUCGCUGCAGAACAGACUGAGAUAAAACUGCAGGAAGAGGUACGAUGGGAGAGUUCUUUACUUGGAUGAGAUGCCACUAAACUACAAGUGGGUGAAUGUUGGGAGCACUUAAAAUCUAUCUGGAUUCAGAGAGUACGUUACUGCUUCGAACUGGUGAUGAGCUUAGACGCUGUUCUCAGAUUCUUUGUUGGCUUAGAUCAUUUUAGUUUGUGCCCUGCAGAGGAACUUUAUAAAAUUAUAUAGGCAUUUUUGUAAAUGUACUUCUCUAAAUCUCUUCCUACAUGGAAGUCACAGCCUUACUGUUUGCAAACCAGUUAGAGGGCUGAAUAUGGCUUGCAGGCCAAUUAAAGGGACACUAUAGGAAACCAGGUAACUUUGUCUCAUUGAAGUGCUCUAGGUGCGCUGUCUGUCCCCUUAACACAGCAGCUGAAAACAUGACUGCAUUAAGACUCUCUAGUGGCUGUCUGCUAGAGGCGUCACCUGCUUUUUCAGAGUGAAAGGACACUGGACAUCUCUUUACAUGAGGCUGUCCAGUGUCUUGCAAAUCCCCAUAGGAAAGCAUUAAAUCAAUGGUUUCUUCUGGGGAAGGCCUAAUGAGUGGCACUCGUUCUGAAAGUGCAUUUGCUACCCCUUGCUGAAUUCAAAGGAAGUGGCAAUAGAGGCAGCUCAGGGACCUCCGUGCUGGAAUCGGGUAAGUGUUAAGGUGUGGUGUGUGUAGGUUUUUUUUAUCCUUUGUCAUAUGGGAGACUGCAGUGACAAGUGUUAAGAAUACAGCUUUGUACAAUAAAGGAACAUUAUAUAUAAUCUUAUAAAUACAAAUGUUUGAGCUAGAAUUCUACUUGCCUUUGAUUUUGGCAAUCACUAAAUCUAAAAUUGACAGGUGAUCGUUUACAUCAAGCUACAUGUCUACAGAUCAGGAUCUUUUUAAUGUUUGAAAUGUCAGGUUGUAACAAUAUUUUCUCUGACAUGCAUACCUACUCCUCUAUUUCUAUUUCAAUUUGUAGAGUGAUAACCGAAUGACUGUGAAAAGAAUGUUCUCAAAGGCAAUCGUCAACCAUAAGACUUUAUCCAAAGGAAAAUCCGAUCUUCUGGUUCUUUUCCUGUUAGAUCAUCACAAGGAUGUUUUCAAGGUAAAUUACUUGGCUGAAAGCAUAAUUUCAGAGGUUUUUCAAACUUGUCUUAAUUCUAUGCACAGGUUACAGGGGGUAGGUACAUUCCAUUUAUUAACUGAGUUUUCGUUGGACCUCUUAACUUCUGGAUCUGUGAAAAUAAACUGCAUUUCCUAGUUAAAAUAAAUUUAAGCAAAAACAAACUUCUAAAAUGUACCUGACAGACUGGGUGACUACACUAGUUGAUGGUUUUUUGUUUUUUAUAAAGACAAGCACAAGAGCAAGAUCAGUUUAAAGACCACUAUAGGCACCCAGACCACUUCAGCUCAAUGAAGUGGUCUGGGUGCCAGGUCCAUCUAGGGUUAACCCUACAGCUGUAAACAUAGCAGUUUCAGAGAAACUGCUAUGUUUACCUAUGGGUUAAUCCAGCCUCUAGUGGCUCUCAUUGACAGCUGCUAGAGACGCUUUGAGAAUGCUUUCCUAUGAGACUGGCUGAAUGCGCGGCUCGUGCUGCGCAUGUGCAUUCAGCCAAUGAUUGGAAAGGAGGAGUCCCAGCACCGGGGGAAAAAGAGAUUAACCCCUUCCUCACCCUAGAGCCUGGAGGGUGGGGGGGACCCAAGGACCCUACAGAGCCAGGAAAAUUAGUAUAUUUUCCUGGCCCUAUAGUGGUCCUUUAAAGCAGGCAACACUCGCCAGAAUGGCACUAAUUACAUCUCAUUUUAUUUUUCCUUCCCAUUUUAAGAUCCCUGGGACCCUGCACAAGAUGGUCAGUGAUAAAUUGGUGUCCAUUCAACAAGGAAGAGAUCCUGAUAAAGACACAGGUACGAAUAUUAGCUGAAAGUAUUGGGAGACUCUCUGUAUUUGUGGCAUUGUCUUGUUGUGGCUGUAUAUGGCAGAAAAUGUAAUUAAACUCCUUGUGUCAUACAGAUUUUCCCUUACAGCAGCAAACUUCUGAUCGGGAUUACUAAAAUUGCAUCCUCACUGGUCAAAUAUUUCUUAAUGUUACAUCUUGUUGGGAAGUGUCUGAAUAGUCCCCUAAUCCAAUUUACCAGAUUGGGUGUUGCUAAUGUAAAACUGCACCUUUCCCCCCUAAUGUUCUGUAAACGUUGUGACAAACAGGACUAUACAAAUGUUUAGCUCAAUUUCAGAAGAAUAAAAAAAUAAAUAAAUCACUUGUAUGUGGACUAUAAUUGUCCUCUCCAAUACAGGCGUAACCUACUGUCAGAAAGUGGACAAAACAGAGUUGGCUUCAACUGUACAAACUACAACAAAGUCUGAACUUUGGACAUUACUGAAAACCAUCUACGAAAACACAAGACUUUCCCCUAAAGAGAAGAAACGUCUAUUGGGUCAGUUCUACAAAAGUCACCCCGAUAUCUUCAUCCAGUACUUUGGAGACAAAGUAAAAAGUGUUUAUACGUAAUGUACUAUAUUGUAAAUGUAAGUGUUAAUAUUGUAUAGUUUAAUGUAUGUUUAAUAAAAUAUUUUUGUAUUUUUAUUCCAGUUAACUGAAUAAAGUUAGUUCUGCACCUGUUAUUACAAGGUUUUUGAGCAACUGUGCUGACUCUUACCUGCUUUGAAUUGAUCAUCUUUUUAAAGGAACGUGGCUUGAUAAAGUGAGAGACUGUGUACUCUAAACCCCUAAAGCACUUAAAGUGCUGGUUUUAUGAGAAAUUGGCACUUUUAUAAUUCUUCUGGGUUGCACUGUCAAGAAUCUGAUCAUGAAAGGGUUACUACCCUUGUAAAACUAGUUUGUGUUUUUUUUCGUGUUUUUUUUUUUCUCAGCCCCCAAACACUGUUAAAAUAUUUAAAAUUUACAGAUUCAGCACCAAAGCUCCCAGCAAUGUCUUCCACGCCCCAUCCUCUCAUUCACUUGAUCAAAUCACAGGCUUAUUGCGCAAUACUGUAUUUAGCGCAAGGCAAACAAGGAAUUUGCCUUGGGCAGCACUUUCCAGGGGGCAGCACUUUCCAGGGGGCAGCAAAAACGCCGCUGCCCCAAGUGCCCUGGCAAAUACCUUGUUUGCCUUGACUUAUGGGGGCCCAAGAGUUAGCCAGCUGGCCACCCUCAAGGCCCCCUCGGGGCCCAGACAGUUUCUUUACACGCUGGCAGAGGGAGCGCUGAUCUGAGCUCUUCCUGCUCAGCUCCCUUGCACGGCCUGCAGUGAUGCCAGUUUUCUAUCAGAUUUCUACAUGGACUUCACUUCUGGUGAGGGGAAUUAGCUGGACCCUGUGCUGCGCAUGUGUGCUAGCACUCCAGCUGGGGUAGAGAAAUCUGAUGGAGGCUGUGACCAUGUCCUGGGAAUGCCUCCACAGCCAGGUCCUGGAAGGUAGGUAACACAGCUUUUAUACUUUCAUUAUAGUUGGUGCAUUCACUAAGCUUAGGAACACUGGAAAUUAAGGCUUGGUAAGCUAUUUUAACCUCACACUUCUAACCCUUGAGGUAAGUGUUAAAUUAAAGGGUGACAUAAAUGACAGUUUUAUGACAUUCCCCUAUUUUGAAAAAUGACUAAAUCAAAAAUAACCCCCUAAAUCUAACCCUAAUUUGAACCCUAACAUUAACCCUAAAUGUCCCAUGUCCUAAACUUAGUGAAUACACCAACUAUAAUGAAAGUGUAAAACUACUUACCUUCCUGGAGUUCCCAGGACAGGCAUAGGCAACCUUCGGCACUCCAGAUGUGUUGGACUACACCUCCCAUGAUGCUUUGUCAGCAUUAUGGGGAUGUAGGUGAAAACCACCCAGUUAUCCCAAAAGUAGGGAGGCUGGAUUUAAAUUAAAAUAAAAGUAAAUUAGUUGUAAAUGUUGGGGGAGGGGGGAAAUGUGUUUGUCAGUAAAUGUUAAAUCUGUCCUUGUCUGAGUAGCUGUCUGUCAGUGAAUGUGUUUAUCUGUUUCUGUGAGGGAUACAGUCGGAUAUGCUGCUGGUUUGUUUUCUUUGUAAUGGCACAAGUGAACAAACAUUUCAGACCUGAGUGGGGACUAACUGAAGGGCACGCUACUGAGUUCCUCUAAGCUCUUGUCCAUUCUUACAGUUCUCAUACCAUUUUUGUAAUUUUUAAAAUACUACAGAAGCCGUAGAAGACCCUCCCAUUGAUUACCUGCCAGCUGGUGUUAAAGUAAUUUUAGCAGACUUAACGUUGUGAAAAUCCUUUUGUAAUCCAUUUGGCUCACACAUAAAAUGAAACCAUGCAACCGGUAUAAUCUCUUUAUGGCCUUUAAUGCCUCAUUAUUUGGGCUUAUGCCAAUAGACCCCUUUUCAACAGCAUAAAAGGUGGUUUCCUAAACAUAUUGUAUUAGAAUAUUUUUUUUUUUCCUCUUCUGCACUUUCCAAGGACAAAGUAACCUGCACCCCUAGAUCUGUUUUUGUGUUUAAUUCUGUGCGCCAUUAAUUAAAAGCUUCUAAACUUAUUUAUAUAGACUCUUUGUUAAUUGUGGGAGUCUUCUAUAUAGAACAGUAUAUAUUCCCUUCUUAAAAUGAGGACUUUAGAUAAACCCGCUAUAACACCACCUUGUAGUGCGUAUAAAUAUAUUUAUAGAAGGCCCUCUCUAACCUAAUAAACUGUACUACAGUUGUGUUCCAUAGAGGAGCCAUGUUGUAUGACACAGGAAGGGAUGAGUCUUUAUUUGCGUACAAAGUAGCUGAGGAAUGCGGUUCUAAGAGUCUGACCUUUCAUCUCACUAAACAAACGUGUUGGAGGAAUGUUUGUGUACAGUAAAUGACACCUGCAGUUUUUUGGGGUGACAAUCAGGAUUUAUAUUGAGUCAUGAAGUUUAAGUUCAUAGUUGGACAGUGGUGGCAAUAAUAUAUGCAAAAUGUCAGUGUCAAAGGGUUAACUAUGAUUACUUAAACAACUGGAAUACCAAACCGCACUAAAACAAGUCAUGCACCAGUCACAGUGGACACAUUAUAAUCUCUUUUAUUGUGCAUGAGGAGGUCAAUACACUGGCAUACAUAACUGUGCUUAAUAAAAGGGAAAAAUCACUUUUUUUAAAAUUAAGAGACAGAAAAUAUUGACACAAAAUGCAGUGUGUUUAAGGUGUUAAAAGUAUACAUUUAAAUAAAAAUAAAGAUUCAAAUGAGGUAACAUUGGAGUAUCCCUGGUAUGAUAUAUCCAUGACGGACUAGUAUCAAUAAAAAAACCUUAAGUGAGAUGACAAUAUGGAGGAGCAGUCUUUUCAUGUACAGUAUUUUGUCUUCAUGUUGGAGUAAGAUUUUAAAGAUUAUAGAAAUAAAUUAAAAUAAAAUAAGGUAUGAACACUUCAUGAACCAGAGCUAAACCUGUUUCGGUGUAACUAGCGAUUACAUAGGCAUCAACAUUUCAGAACGAAAAUGGAAAAUAAAGUUGAACUUACUACUCGCUUAUGCAACUGGAACCAGACACUCACCACAAAUAAACUAGAUAAUUAAACUGGCCCCUGCAGCAAGGACAGUAGCUCAGCGCCUGAGAUGUAAGCAGUCAGUAAGGUGGAAAAAGUGGCAGCCAGCCUAUUCCCUGACUGAGUAGUGUUUGGUACCUUAGGUAAAGUCUUGUACAGGAGUGGUACAAGCCCCAGGCCCAUCCAAGGGCUGUCACCUUGUAACCACAGACUCUGACACGCACGGAGUCCAAGUCUUUCCUGGUCAGGCUGUGCAGGUCUCUGGAGUGUCUUUGAAGAGAUUGUCGCUAAACACGUCGUGAACAUCUGCAGUCUUAAUGUGUGUGAACUGUACAUGGCUUUCACAAUAAUCUUAAAAAUAAAGCCGGUUUUAAAUUUUAAUUUCUAAAACUUUUUAGUUAAUGGCGUUUAGUUGGUAAAUGUCAUGAGUUACGUUAUCAAAGAGUAUUUGAAACUCUAAAAUCUAAAUAUUGCAAAUGGGGGUUAAUACUUGUUGGGAGUGGGAAUUAUGCAAGGUGGCUUUGAGAUCAGAUGAGUUUAACAUUGUGGAUGAUAAGAUGUUAAGACCAGUAUUAUAGGACUCUGAGUAAAUCUAAUCAGAACAUUGGAGCAUGAAGGAUGGUGAGGGGUUUUGGUGGAAUAGGAGUGGGGAAAAAAAAAACUGGUACGGGCAUUGUAUACCUGUGAAGAAAGAGGUGAUAAGGAUUUGCAUAAUGAAUUUGAAAUACAGCAUUGGAAGGCAGUAGGUCUAUAUCUUGAACUAUGAAAUGGGAUGAAGGUUUGAGGGAGACCAAGGAGGUGGAAUAGCAUUUGCCAAGUGAAGACUAGGGAAUGUAUGAAGUUUCACAGCAAUCUGGGUUGGGUAGCUGAAGUGUUGACAGUUGCAACUGUAAGUAAUGGAGUAUGUGUGGCAAAAAAGAUGAGUCAAAGACAGAUACGACCAUGUUACAUGAUAGACAGCAUUAUUUUAGGGAUGACAAUAGAACAGGGAAGGAAGUGGCGGGGGGAGGCAUGGAGUGUAAGGGAUGGAGAGAGGUGUUUUAAGAUGGGUUAUUAUGCACAAUAUGAGAAUAUCCUCAAAGGAUGAAGAGAAGGUUGAAAAACCGCAGAGGAUAUGGAUGUUAUUUGCAACAAAGCUGCCCUUGAAUCCAUGACGGAGAUGAGGUCAAACAGAGGUAGAGAGGUGCACAAACUGGGUGUUGUAGUACAACCAUGCACUGACAGUGGGAUGGUUAGGGUGGGCUCUGUGAUGUGUCAACAGCUGCACAUUAUUAGCAAUUCUCCUUUUAUUGCAUAAACAAAGUGUGAUCCUAUAAUUGCUUGCGAUGAUAAAGGUGAUCAGUCAAGGAAUAUUGAAAGUUUGUUUUUAUUUCUUUCUUUUCUGCAAACUAACCAUCACCGUUCAACAUGGUGUGUUUUCAGUUACAUUGAAGCUGAUGACAGGCCUAAUCCUGUUUUGCUACAAAUUCGUAAUUGCUUCGCUCUAAUCCUUUAAAUUAUAGAGAGGUGAGCAAGAUGCAGCUCACCCUCCUGCAGUCAAUAGUUGAAAGGAAUGCAUGUAUACCUUUUAGAUGGUGGCGUGAAUGCCAGGUAUACCCCCAGUGCUGAACGCGGUGAUAAAUGCUAAGGCUUUGGCCUAUAGAGCAUCUCAGAUUAAAGUCUAGUAACUAUAGCCUGACAUUGUAGUAAUACUGAAAAUGUAAUCGUCCAUCAUUUUCCCUUUAAAAAAAAUGGCAGCAAGCUAAUAUCGCCAAUGUUUGGCACUAGGGCUGAGUGUAUCAAUCUCAAUUUCAUUUAAGACAGAUAUCUCAAUCUCGCCCUUCCAUGUUGCUAACUACAACCUCUACGAUUCUAUGGCCCGCUUCUGCAUUAAAAUAAUUCUGGAACUUGUAGUCAAUCAGUAGCUUAGGGUCCCAGAGUUUGAGAUCCCUUAUUUAAAGGGACACACCAGAUGCCUAAGCACUUCAGGUUGUGGAAAUGCAUUAUAAAUGAAGAGUGUGUCCUUUUUUGUCAUUUUACAAAAAAUGCAGAUUUCAAUAGAAAUUGUCACUUUUAUAAAUUAACCUUACCAUCAAACGGUCCUGUUACUUCUUGGUUGUUUCGCUCGGUGGAGCUAAAUUUGAGAGGCAGCGAUUGUCCAGAGCACCUGUCUUGCAAAGACUUCUCAUUGAGCUGCAUCAGCAAGUCUGUGAUUGGACAGCCGCAGAAAGUCCGGGCGGAAUUAGAAGGGGAGGGCUUGUAAAGUCUUUAAACAAGAGAUUUGCUGCUUUUACAAAUUGUUUUUAGAGAUAACCCAAAUGACAAUAAUAAUGCAUAAUUAAAAGCAUGCUUAGUUUUAUUGAGGGUAUAUUUACUAAACAAUGAUUAUUUUUUUUUGGAAGUUGAGUUUCUCGUUAUGAUAACGUUAUAUUCUCGAAGUCAAUGCUCAGGCAUCGAUCUUUUUCUAUGAGAUCAGAAUAUUCAGAAUUGUUUUUCUCUGUGAAUGAAUGAAUCAUAAAGUUCUAUAAAAAUGUGAUUCAACCAUAGUAAACAUGUUAAUAAUAUUUAUUAAUAAAAUAUUAAAUUCUUGUUUUGAAUGACACAUCUAAAUAUGUUCAUAGCUAUAUAUACACGUCAUAAAGGCAUAAAAAAAAUUCCUGGAAUAUACCACCCCAUUGCCACAUCAACUGCACAUCUCGAGAGAACUGGAACUAUGUUUAAUCAUUUGGAAUGUUGAGACAUGCAGUCUGAAGCCUGUGUAUUCUUUAGGUACAUCACUGUGAAAGGUCCUCCAGAUCAUCCAAGCUGGUAAAAGAGAAAUAUUUCUAAUAAAACUAUAACAUUUGAAUUGAGUAAUCCUUUGAUUCCAUGUAAAGUGUAGUAUGUUUGUUCAAACAUUCUGUCCUGUUUCAUUGGUUUCAGAGAAAGCACUACCUGUGAAACCCACAGUUGUUGGAUCACCGUUAAGGAGGGAACAUCGAAGAAGGCAGCAAUGAG